UGCGCUCACCCACUCUACACCGCCGACAGGGAUGCAGCGAGGGCGCAGCGCAGCCUGAAAAAUGGCACCACCACCACGCGUCCUGUGGAUCUAUCCAUCCCCUCUCCUCCUGUACUCCCUGCUCUUCUUUCUGUCGCCGUGCCUAGCCUUAAGGAAUUACCCGGAGAAUGAAGUUACGUUGCUGGACUCCAUGUCAGCUCUAGCCGACCUGGGCUGGGAGGCUUACCCUAAUGAGGGGUGGGAGGAGAUCAGCGUGAUGGACGAGAGGAACACCCCGAUGAGGACGUAUCAGGUUUGUAACGUCAUGGAGGCCAACCAGAACAACUGGCUGAGGACGCGCCACAUCAGCCGGGAAGGAGCGCAGCGCGUCUACAUCGAGAUCAAGUUCACCUUGAGGGACUGUAAUAGCCUGCCCGGGGUCCCUGGCACUUGCAAAGAGACAUUCAACAUGUACUACUAUGAGUCCAACAAUGCAAACCUGUGGUUCAUCAAGGAAAGCCAGUAUGUCAAGAUUGAUACCAUUGCUGCAGAUGAGAGCUUUACACAGGUGGACGUUGGUGACCGUGUCAUGAAGCUGAACACGGAGGUGCGUGAUAUCAGCAACCUGAGCAAAAAGGGUUUUUACCUGGCCUUUCAGGACCUGGGCGCCUGCAUUGCUCUGGUCUCUGUCAGGGUCUUCUACAAGAAGUGCCCCCUCACUGUGCUCAACUUGGCCCAGUUCCCCGACACAAUAACUGGCGGAGACACGGCGCUGGUAGAGGUCCACGGUGCGUGCGUGAAUGCCUCCGAGGAGUUCGAGGCUCCCAAGAUGUAUUGCAGCGCAGAUGGAGGCUGGCUCGUUCCCAUCGGAAGAUGUGUGUGCAAACCGGGCUUUGAGGAGAACAAGGACGUCUGCCAACCAUGCAGACCCAGUACCUACAAAGCAUCAGCCACGGAAGCCUACUGCACCAAAUGCCCUCCUCACAGCUCGUCCCCGCUGGAACAAGCGGUCGAGUGUGUUUGUGAGAAAAGCUUCUACCGCGCUGAGACCGACCCACGCUCAAUGGCCUGCACACGUCCCCCAUCUGCUCCAGAGAACCCCAUCUCCACGGUGAACGAGACCUGCGUGACUCUGGAGUGGUCGCCACCCAGAGACACAGGAGGCCGAGGGGACAUCACCUACAGCCUGCACUGCAGGAAGUGCUCCGGCGAUGGAAAAAAGUGCACACCGUGUGGUAGCAGCGUCCAUUUUGUCCCCAGGCAGUUUGGUCUCUCCUCAGCCACCGUGCUGGUCACUGACCUGCAGCCGGACUCCAACUACAGCUUCACUGUUGAGAGCCAGAAUGGAGUGUCAGAUUUAAGUCCGACACCAAGAGGAACAGUGGUCAUCAAUGUCACCACGUCACAAACAGUAAGCGUAGUGCUGAAGGAGAGGCGGAGCAAGGACAGCGUGACUUUAGCCUGGCAGGGGCCAGAGAGGCCCAACGGGGCAAUAGUAGAGUAUGAGGUCAUCUAUUACGAGAAGAAUCAGCGGGAGCAGAACUAUACAGUUUUGAAGACUCGCUCCAACAUGAUGACAGUGGACGGGCUGAAGCCAGGGACCACCUACGUGUUCAGGGUCAGGGCUCGAACCGACGGAGGCUACGGGAGCUAUGGUGGAGAGAUCGAAUUGGAAACCAGUCACGAAGAUGUUUUGGCUAUCGGGGACCCCAACCAGUCCACCAUCCUGGCCGUGUCCAUCGCUGGAGGAAUCGUUCUCCUCAUCUUCCUGGUGACUUGCUUCAUUGUCAGCGGCAGGCACUGUGGAUAUAUCAAAGCCAAGCAGGACCCCGAUGAGGAGAAGAUGCAGUUCCAGCACGGCCGAGUUAAGCUUCCAGGCAGCAGGACCUACAUCCAUCCUCACACCUACGAAGACCCCAACCAGGCUGUUAGAGACUUUGCCAAAGAGAUCGAUGCUUCCAAUAUUCGCAUAGAGAGAGUCAUCGGAGCUGGAGAGUUUGGGGAGGUGUGCAGUGGUCGGCUGCGUGUGCAGGGAAAGAGGGAGAUCUACGUGGCCAUCAAGAGUCUGAAGGCGGGAUACUCUGACAAACAGAGGAGGGACUUCCUGUCUGAGGCCUCCAUCAUGGGACAGUUUGACCAUCCGAACAUCAUCAGGCUGGAGGGCGUCGUCACGAGAUGUAAACCAGUGAUGAUCAUAACAGAGUUCAUGGAAAACGGAUCUCUGGACACUUUCCUCAAGAAACAUGACGGCCAGUUCACGGUGAUCCAGCUGGUCGGCAUGCUGCGCGGUAUUGCCUCUGGUAUGAAGUACCUGUCAGACAUGAGCUACGUUCACAGAGACCUGGCAGCUCGGAACAUCCUGGUCAACAGCAACCUGGUGUGUAAGGUGUCGGACUUUGGCCUGAGUCGGGUUCUGGAGGACGACCCAGAGGCUGCCUACACUACAAAGGGAGGGAAGAUCCCCAUCAGAUGGACGGCUCCGGAGGCUAUAGCAUACAGGAAGUUCACCUCCGCCAGUGAUGUGUGGAGUUACGGCAUCGUCAUGUGGGAGGUGAUCUCAUAUGGAGAGAGACCCUACUGGGAGAUGUCCAACCAGGAUGUUAUCAAAGCAAUAGAUGAGGGCUACCGUCUUCCCGCUCCAAUGGACUGUCCUGUGGUGCUGCACCAGCUCAUGUUGGACUGCUGGGAGAAGGGACGGAGCGACAGGCCAAAGUUUGGACAGAUUGUCACAAUCCUCGACAAGCUCAUCAGAAACCCUGCCAGCCUCAGGGAGCUCGCCAACAGCUCAGCAUGCAGGGAGGACCUGUCCACCCCAGAUUUCAGCGUGACCACAGUGGAUGAGUGGUUGGAGGCCCUCAAGAUGGGCCAGUAUAAGGAUAACUUUUCCAGUGCUGGAUAUGUCAGCUUGGACUCAAUCCUCUACAUCAGUGUCAGUGAAUUGGCUAAGAUGGGCGUAAAUCUGGCUGGCCACCAGAAGAAGAUUUUAUCCAGUGUCCAGAGUCUGCAGACCCAGGGGACGCACGUCCAAGUAUAACAGCUUCCACAUAAACACACAAUGAGACAGAGCCAAAAUGGAUGCUCCUGUGACAAGUUUCACCCCCUGAAAUGGAGUUGCAAUGGAUACUCUGUGCUUAGGCCUCCAUUGAUUUUGAGACACACUGAGAUGGAGACAACAUGGACGCUUGACUCCAUCACAUUUUCGCAGUUUUCACCAUUCUUCCCAUCCUCGAUGGGCACCACCAGCUUUAGCACUCAAGAGUCCCAGCAACACAGCCACCAUUACGGAGCAACUGAGAGACACGACAACAUGUAGAGCAUCCCAGAUCAUUUCACAUCAUAACAGCUCAAGAAAAGUAAAAAAAACAGAAGAUUUUUAACAAAAGAAAUGACAAAAACAAAUUAGAAUAUAAUUAUCAUCACUGUCUGUGAGGUGUACAGUUGUUUUUUACUGUCAUUUUGUUUGUUUUGAGUUUUCACUCAAACUUGAAGAGUUUAAACUGGGUCAGAAGAUAUGUAUAUGUGUAGAUAUAUGUUUAUAUGGGCUGUGUGUCCCACAACUGUAGAGAUGGACCUAACGUUUGUAUUGGUGGUGAGGUUUAUAUCACUCAACCUUAAUCUGAGUUAUUACCUGAUAUAUGUAUGGCCCCUUCCAUUGCUCUCUGUACAUAGAACGCCAGUGAACAAACAGAGAUUCUGAAUGGCAUGAAUGUGUGAGGGGGAUGGAAGAAGUGGACCUUUAGAGAUAGAGAGAGAUGUAGAUUUUGCUAGUUCAUGUAGGAUGGAAGUAUUAAAGUAUUUGGCCAGAAAAAGGGCUUCCCUGGCGACUGCUCUCAGACUCACUUCCAUAGCAACUAGACCCAGGGCACUUUUGCUUGUCUGCUUGCACUUAUGAUGUAACUCAGUGCAAAGUCAGAGCAGAAACCGCUGAAGGUGAAGAUAGCAGAGACUUUUUUUUUCACUCUUCCAUAACUGUCUAUUCCAAACAACAUUGUCUGUUCAAGUGAGCACAGUAUGAUGUUGCUUAGCAUAAUCCAGCAUAAGAGUUUGCCUUCCCAUGUUUCAUGUGUGUGAAAUACAUGGUGUUUUGUGGAAAGCAAAGGUGACGCAAAGGUCAUGAAAGAUUUGACACUGUUGAGAAGGUUAACUUGUUUUUCAAGUGUCGUGUUAUGUACAGUAAAUCGAGAUGUUCAUCUGGGCACUCUCCCUAUUCUCUUUACUUUCAUCGGCUCCCAUGGCUGGAUGGUUGCACCAAUCACAGUAAUUACAGUGUUUUGUCCCAAGUAGUUUGACAGAUGAAAAGGAGCACUGAAACCUUUUUAGCAAGAUGGAAUAUAUGUUCUUGUUAUCAGUCAGGUCAACUUAUUUAAAGCAUCCCUUGUUUCAAACCAACACCCUUAAGUAAAUCUACAAAUCACAAUGUUUACAGCAAAAAAGGAAACACAUUGAUCUGAUGUUUUUUCCCUGGCAGAAGGAAACAGAUGCUUGUCACAUUAAUUACAAGUUUAGAUAUGAUGGGACCCGUUUUGUCGUCACUGCAUUAAUGGCACUGAACCUGCUUUGAGUGUAAUCCCAAACCCAGUUUUAAUAUAUGUGGUACUCUAUAGGACCAACAGUGACAUAAAAGUACAGUAUAUAUGAUUGUAUCAUAGUGUAAAAUAUGUACAGUGUUGAUUUCCAAUGUUAGAAUGUUUGUAAUGAUAACGAUGAUGAACUAUGAUGUACUUUUAUUGUGAAAAAGAGAUUUCUGAAGUACUUGUUCAGCGGCAGGUCGUAUGGGAGAAAACGAAGUAAGGUUAUUUGUUGCUCUGAACAAAGGAAUGUAGCAUGGUGCAAAGCUUCAGCUUUGAUUGACAGGUGACAGUGACUGCAGUUUAUUCCAUAGAGUUAGAAUGAGUAGAAUGAACUCUUUUCUUGAUACAUUGGCAUAUCCCACCUCAAACCAUAAUUAAACGCACAUUGUAAGCCUUUUUUGAAAAUGCCUUGUUGGACGAGGAGGGAUGGGGCAGUUUGAGGUUGAGAUAAAAGAAAUCCUCACAUCAGAUUUUGGAACAAACUGAAUAUUCAUGAACCCACCUCCCCCAAAACAUCAAUUGUUUAACUUUAGAGGGUAAUGUCAUUUUUUUUGCCUGUUCUGGAUUCUAGAAGGUUAGCCGGAGUGCUUCUCUUUAUUCAAUAGGCAUACAAUAUGCUUCACAAACACUUUGGCUAGCACUCUUUAUCUAAACCCUAAUAAGUUGUAAAAGAGAAACCCAUUAUUAGAAGAAGUAAUUACACUGUACUACAAGGCCAAUGCAGUUUCUAAUUCCAUUUCCUCUAUGUGGAUUGUCAGUUGGUGAGGAUAUUAACAUUUUUCCUAGGACAUGCAGCUUUAGCCUCGAUCUUUUAGUAAAAUAUCCUGUAUAAAACCAUUGAGUGCAUAUUUAGUAUUGUCUUUUUCUAAGAUUUUGAGAUUAGCCAAUUAGAAAUAUGGAUAAAACCAUAGCUGAGCUUAAGUAGCUAUGUGUUGAAGCUGAUAAAUGUGCUAGCAACAGUAUUUCAGUUGAAAAUCAGCUGUUAUUGACUGUAAUUUUGGUAAAUCUGUCACAAGAAAAGUUACCAAAACAUUUACCUCUACUAGUAUGGAAAGUGUGUUUGAAUAUAAAAAGCGUACAGAUACAUUUACAGCUAAAAACACCUAAUUUAGAGAACAAAAUGUUCAUCCCAAACCUUUUUGCUGUUUUGCAAAAUAAACCACAGGUGAAUAUACAAUUCAGACAGUGUGAAAUUGUUCAUUCUGCUCUUGCUAACUCUAUGAUUUCACUCUAGCGGAUAACCUUUGCCCGCUGGCCUUUUAGAUGCCUUAUUUACUGAGCUAUUGUUCUUUUCUGUUGCCCUAUGGAGGCGAUAUUAAGAGUAAAGUGUAUGUCCAGGUAGUAUUUAACUGUGUUCUUAAGAUGACCUCACAUCAACACCCUGGUUUUGUAACAUCCCAUAACCCCCCAUUGAGACCCCCUCCAACCGCACCUUCACUCUCUACGCAGAUGAAAGUCAUUUUGUACUAAAAAUAUAAUAAAUCUAAAAGCUGUUCACCAGUCAAGUGGAAAGAGAAAAUGGCAAUAUUGUCCUUAUUUAUUUGAGUAACAAUAUAAUCAGUGAUGAAUGUGAUUGGAUUUCUUUUGUUUGCAUAAUUGUGUUGAUGUAAAAAAUUCCUCAUUCAAAGUCAAGGUUAGAAAGAGAUAAAGUAUCGUCCAAAAAAAUGGGUUAAUCGUUUUUUUCAAGCUUGUUCAACACUUUCAAUUGAGAAAUAUUAAGAAUACAAUAGUCAGACCCACACUUUCAAAAUCGCAAUUUGUUCACCCUCUAAAUAUGUGGGUUGUUCAGCUUGAUCUGAAAUAUGACAUCUGUCCUCCAUUUGCCCCCCAGGUCUAUAGUGUCAAUGUUCAAGAGUGAUUCUCAUUUGGGACUUUCAGCUCUCUGUCUCUUUCUCUACUCCACUCUCUCUUUCUUUGGCCACCGUACAGUGCUUACUUGUUCCCAUGCCAGUCUCCUCUGCGUUGCUUGUUGUAAAGGGUGUAGGCAUUCUAAUGUCUUUCAUGUCGCUGUAAUAAAUAUGCUAAUAUUUCUAA